GAAAGUUUACACUCAGACUCCAACAAAACUGCAGAUCCGGAGCCAAUGAGACGACACGGUGACCACGAAGAUGCUGCUGUCCCGUCAGACAGCAACUGUAAAUCAAAGCUGACCAGGACCCACACGGGGAAGAAGGCGUUUUCUUGCAGAACUUGCGGGAAAGAGUUCAGUAAAAGUUGUAAUUUAAAGAAUCACAUGAUGAUCCACACUGGUGAAAGGCCGUACCUGUGCAACAACUGCGGAAAAUCGUUUACUAAAUCAUCAGAUCUUAAACGCCACAUAAUCACGCACACGGAUGAGAAGCCCUACAUCUGCGAAACAUGUGGAAAAAGUUACAGAGAACGUUCCAAACUGGUGGUUCACUCGAGGAUCCACGCGGGCGAAAAGCCGUACCUGUGCAACAUCUGCAACAAAGCCUUUACUAAUUUAUUACAUCUUAAAUGCCACAAAACCAUGCACACGGACGAAAGGCCGUACCUGUGCAACAUCUGCAACAAAGCGUUUACUAAUUUAUUUCAUCUUAAAUGCCACAAAACCAUGCACACGGGCGAGAAGCCCUACAUCUGCAAAACAUGUGGAAAACGUUACAGGCUACGUACCACCCUGGUGGUUCACUCGAGGACCCACACCGGCGAAAGGCCGUACCUGUGCAACACCUGCAACAAAACCUUUACUAGAUCAGCACAUCUUAAACGCCAUAUAACCACGCACACGGGCGAUGAGCGAUAAUUGUGCAAGACGUGCAACAAAGGUUUAAGCCGCAGAAUUGAUUUGCUGAGUCACAUGAGUUCUGCAUUGAUGUUGUUUAGGGCUGCAGCUAUCGAAUAUUUUAGUAAUCGAGUAUUCUACUGAAAAUUCCAUUGAUUAAUCGAGUAAU